UAUCAAUUGACUGUUGAUAAUAUUGUGAUCAAUUAACAAUAUCUCGGUGAAUUGCUACGUGCUAGGUGAAUCGUACGUCGUCUUGUUUCUCACGUUUUUUUUAUUAAGACGUGCUCUUGCCACUCUUGAAACUCACAAAGUUCGUCUUCUGCCAUGUUCUCGGCCGAUGUUUCCAAUUUCGAUUAUUGUUAAGUGAACGUAUGAUGGUUUUGCGUUUUACCAUACAAGGAGUAUUGUAUAAUUAUUAUGACAGACAGUCAAGUAGUUAUGAUGAAAACGGAACGCGAUGGGGAACGCACUCAAAACAGUUCUGCGACAGAGGCUUCGAGCACGGCUAGUGAUUCACCUACGCCCACCAACAGCGUCCAAGAUAAAAAUUGGGUCCAUUGGCACGGACCAACAUGGGGUGAUGAACAACGACAAUUAUUGGGUACAGAAGAGGAAGCAGAUUCUUCUGAUUGUGAAACAAUUUCAUCUGCUAAUGGUGUUGGAAUUUGGAGUAUGAAUGAGGAACAGAGUAAAUAUUAUGAAGAACAAUUUACAUCAAUGCAGCCUAACUCUAAAGCUUUACUGUCAGGCUCAAUAGCUCGAUCAUUUUUUGAAAAAUCUCGUUUACCAUUGCAUGAACUUAAGGAAAUAUGGCAACUAUCUGAUGUUACUAAAGAUGGAGCACUUUCACUCGCUGAAUUCAAAUUGGCCAUGCACUUAGUUGUUCUUAGACGCAACAAUAUUACUCUACCUAAAAAAUUACCGCCAUCAUUAGUGCCACCAGCUGUAUCGCCAGUUCAGAUCAGUGUUGGAAACAAUUCUGUUAUAUCGCCAACAUGUAGUAUUAAAAGCAAAGAAUGGACCAAAUUUAUUGAUUCCCCAACUAGUUCAUUGUCAUCACCUGGACCUAAACCUGUAAACUUUGAUUUUCAAAAAUCUUCUGUUGAACAGGAUCCAAAAAUUUUACAUCCAGUAGCUGUUCGAGUUACACCAGGUAUUGAUAAUUGUUUGGAAGAACAAGAAAAAGAUAUACCUCCAAAUAAUGUAGAAGAAAUAGUUUCAAUUAAAUCAAUUCAAAGGCCUCAAGCUAAAAAACUAAGCCAUGUAGGACCAGGUGCUAUACCUCCACCUCCUUUACCAACAUAUUAUAAUGAAGAUAUAAAUUCAGGACCUGCAAGUUUGCCUGUUGUAAUGGCAAAGAAAGAACCUCCUCCACCACCACCCCCACGACCUUAUCGUGCUCAUAUGCGUAGUUCCUCUCUAGAUCUCAAUAAACUUGGCAAAUUUGGAGCUGUAAAUUCAACGCAAGGACCUCCAGUUGUUCCUCCACGUAUAACUCCUAGUCCAAAUUCAAAUGUUGAAAUCAAUGGAUUGAGACAAAAUUGUGAAAGAACUGAAUCAGGUCAAUUUGCUGAUUUUGCGCAAUGUCCUGGUGCUUUUCAAGUUUACAAAAAACCACUUUCAGAAACACAAAGCAAUGAAAAUUCGUCUACAGCUGGAUCAGAAGUUCAUGGUGUACAGCCAAUAGAAUCAUCAUCAUUUUGCAAAUUAGAAGAAAGAAAUGCUCAUUUACGUCUAGUCUAUCAAGAACUGCAAAAACAAUUGAAUGAUUUACGUGAAGAACGUAUUGGUUUACAAUUGCUAUUAGAUACAGUUCAUAAGUCAUCACCACCAUCUAAUUAAUCAAUUAACCAUUUGUAAAUUAGAAAUGUUUUCAGUUGUUGUUAUUGAAAGAUCCCUUAACUUUAUAUGAAUAUAUAUCAUUAUAAUUAUUGGCAAAUAUCCUUUUCCAAAGUGAAUUCCAUUAUCACCAUGUCUUAACUAUCACAAUAUUUAUAAUAUUCAUUUAUUCUAAUUAUCAUACCCAUCAAUUUGGUUUAAUAUUAUU